AUGUGGGACGGGCUGUUUAUGCUGCUCGCUCUGAGCACCAUCAUGGGGAUUGCCUCCUUCCUCGCCGGCAUCCUCCCGCUCUCCUUUACCCUCUCGCCGCGCCAGCUCCGCAUCAUAUCGUUCCUGGGCACCGGCGUGCUCGUGGGCACCUCGCUCAUCGUCAUCAUACCGGAGGGCAUUGAGACCAUGUACAGCGCGGCCGAGAAGAGCCAUGCGCGUGCGCUUGCGCAUUUGCAGCCCACGAUCCCCUCCGUGCACGGCCAGCAGAAGGGCUUGAAGCAGCCCACCGAGUUCUCGCCCACGGAGCGGUCCGAGGCAGUGGACACAAGCUUUCUAAGAGCGGGCGCAAUAAAAGCUCCCGCUGUCGACAUCAUCGUGGAGAGGACACCGCAGGAGCAGCCGGCGAAGCAAGCAGAGCGCGCCGCGGACAAGAAGGAGGACCCCAAGGAAAAGCCGUACAAGGAGAAACAGAAGGAAGACAACCGACCGCAGCAGAAGGGCGGCGAUGACGAUUCGACUGAAGGCCACAGGGAGGGGCACACGCGCGUGCAUGGGCCAGACGAAGAGGAGGAAGACCAUCCCCAUCACGAGGAAGAGGAGGGCGGGCCGCACGCCUACAUCGGAGUAGCCUUGAUCCUUGGCUUCAUUCUGAUGUUCCUCGUGGACCACGUGCCGGAAGCGCUCUCUCCCUCGAGACCCAAGUACCAGUCCCUGCACAUCUCGCUCUCCAACCUACAUCGAGGACCGCACAACUCCUCCGCAAUAAGUCUAGACGGAAUGAAUCAUGUCUCUCCGCCUCCAGAACCUCCCACGCCGCUCCCACCGACCCCGCCCCGGUCUUCAGCAACUACAAUUGGACUCAUCAUUCAUGCGUGCGCCGACGGAAUAGCGCUAGGCGCUUCUUCGCACGCCCCGUCAUCCUCCCUCUCGCUCGUCAUCUUUCUGGCCAUCAUGCUUCACAAAGCACCAGCAGCGUUCGGGCUGACUUCGGUCCUGCUGAAACAAGGCCUGUCCAAACGCACCGCACGGACUCAUCUCGUCUUCUUCAGCUUGGCGGCGCCGGCAGGCGCCGUUGCAACUUGGGCCAUCGUUCACAUGCUUGGACGCAACCGCCUGGGCGGAGACGAUGGCUUGGCUUGGACGACUGGAUGGGUGUUGCUCUUCUCCGGAGGAACUUUCUUGUAUGUGGCGAUGCACUCCAUGACCGAAGCAACCUCUGGCUCCCAUGACGAGCCCACAGCCAAUGGCUACAUAGAGCACCACGGGGGCAAGAACGUGCUCUCCAAAUCCGACAUCGCCACCGUCCUGAUCGGGAUGCUAUUACCCCUCCUGACACAGGUGGGGCAUGUACAUGCGCACUGA